ACAUCCUCUUUCACUUAUCACCUCUCUAAGGGCGAGGAAUAAGAAGAUACACGACCAUGGCAUCACAAGAACAGCUAGAACUCGAAGCCAAGAGGACAGCCCACGUCGAGCAGCUGUCCAACUGGCUGCUUCAAAACAGCAGCAUAUACAACAUCUUCCUCUCCGGCAUCAAGCAAACCUCCGUCGUCGCUGGCACCGUCAUCAGCCGCCUCACUCUUACGCCUACGCAUCUCAAUUCCAAGGGCGGUCUACAUGGCGCGGUCUCAGCCGCCUUCAUUGACUUCACAACUGGACUGGCAAUUGCUUCAUGGGACCUGAGGGAAAAGACGGGCGCGAGCGUCGACAUGCACAUUAGCUACUUGAGCAGCGCCGCGGGAGCGGGAGACGUCGUGGAGAUUGUAGCGACGGCGGAGAAAGUUGGAGGAUCGAUGGCGUUUGUGACGAUUUUGAUUCAAAAGGUCGAGGUUGUGGAUGGUGAGGAGAAGAAGACGCUGGUGACAAAGGGACAUCACACCAAGUUUGUGAGGCAGAGCACGAAGCCAAAGACAGAUGGAGAGGUGAGGAAUUAGAUGUAUUAUUAUUAUGUGUAUUGUUAUUAUACUGGGCGAUUUGAUAUCGUCAUGAUGAUGUCUUAUGCAGGUUCGAUAGAUAGAUCUAUAGAUACAAGGCGCGCCUUUGAGAGAUGAG